GCUGCCCGGUGGGUCGAGGCGUGUUGUGAACCGAGGCGAUCCCAGAAGAUCUUCCUCCUCGCCGAACCCAGGGGCUGAUGCAUCCCCCUUCCCUGUUCCGGUGCCCGGCUCCUGCAUCUCGGGAUCCUUUCCCUGCCGCUGGGAAUGAGGGCGUCUCCUGCCCGUUGGCUCUCAGCCUCGCUCGCCGCAGGAGAGGUUUCACGCCGGCAAUCGGCAGCUGAGCAGUGCGCUGCCCACUAUGGCCGGCUGGUUUAGGCGGCUCCUGCACAAGCCCAAGCCCAGCUCGGCGGAGAGCAGCCUCGAUGCCGGCCGCUCUGCUUCAUCCUCGCCUUCCUCCUCCUCAUCCUCUGCCAAGAGCUCCGGAUCCUCUCCUGGCACGAGCCUGGCCAGGUCUGUCUGCCCAGCGCCCGUCUUGGCGUCGGACAUCAACGCCUCGGGCAGCGCCCGAUGGGCCAAGAGCUACGACGUCUGCAUCUGCCACAGCGACGUGGACCUGGAGCUGGUGGAGGAGCUGGUGUCCUACCUGGAGGGUCAACCCGAAAGCUUCCGUUGCUUCCUCCAGCUGCGGGACGCGGCAGCGGGAAGCGCGGUGGUGACGGAACUGUGCGAUGCCGUGCAAAACAGCCACUGCUGGGUCAUGCUCAUCACCCCCGGCUUCCUCCGGGACCCUUGGUGCAAGUACCAGAUGCACCAGGCGUUGGCCGAAGCUCCGAUGGCCAACGGGCGCACCAUCCCGGUGUUGAAGGACGUGGAUCGGAAGGACUAUCCCAAGGAGCUGCGAAACCUCUACUACAUCUACAUGGCGCUGAAGGAGAAGAGCUUCAGGCAGAUCAGGGACACCAUCAUGCGCUACCUCCAGGAGCUGUGCCGGAGCUCUGCCAGCAGCACGGAGUAGUGCCGGGAGCAGGCAGAGGCGUCCCUGUGGGCGUUUCGGAGCUGCCACCGCUGGAUCGGGAUGCGGCCGUGUCCUGACGGACCU